CCUUGUGCGCAGCAUCUUCAGGUGGUCCCAUCACCAUCCCUGCGUCAGGUUGGACCUCUAGCGCAUACCAGCAUGUGCGAACACCACCGAGCUCGACCCUCAUCGCUGCCCGACUAUCCCAGCUUGAACCACGGGACAGGCGCGAAAUGGGUCAAGCCGCUCACUCAGAACCGUCUCAACACCUUCGUGGGGGGUCAUUUCUCCGAUGUGAACCUUUCGUCCAUGCUCUUUACUCACCGAGUCGACGACUCCCAUCGUGUGAAGCUUGAGGUUUGGAGUGCACCGGGCCUAUCGAAGCCGUUGUUUCAAGAGGCUAUGAAGCAGAACUUCAAGCCUGCGAAGAAGGGGGACUCGUUUGGACCGUCCUGUAAGCUUUCUCCCGCGUGUUGGUGUCUGAGAUGCUGAGCUAUGCGCAG